AUGUGGCAGCAGCAGCAACAGCAACAACCGCCUCCGCCGCCUCCGCCGCCGCCAAUGGAGGCCGGGCUCCGAGCGCAGCAGCAGGCCCAGGCCCAGGCCUUCUCCGCGGGGGGAGACCAGCCGCCGCCCCCGCCUCAGCAGCCCUCCUCCGCUGCCUCCGCCUCCGGCCGCGCCGAGCUGAGCCUCCCCGGCAUCCUGCACUUCAUCCAGCACGAAUGGGCCCGCUUCGAGGCCGAGAAGAGCCGCUGGGAGGCCGAGAGGGCCGAGCUCCAGGCACAAGUGGCGUUCCUUCAGGGGGAGAGGAAGGGCCAAGAGAACUUGAAGACCGACCUUGUGCGGAGGAUAAAGAUGCUAGAAUAUGCUCUGAAGCAGGAAAGGUCAAAGUAUCACAAGCUGAAAUUUGGCACUGACCUAAACCCGGGAGAAAAGAAACCUGAUACAUCAGAACCAGUCUCCAAUGGACCAGUGGAGCCCCUUUCCUUGGACAGCAACCAGUUUAUGUGGAAAGAAGGCCGCCAACUCCUGCGUCAGUACCUGGAAGAGGUGGGCUACACAGACACCAUCCUAGACAUGCGCUCCAAGCGGGUCCGCUCUCUGCUGGGACGCUGCUCCAUGGAGUUGAAUGGCGCUGCAGAGCCCAGCAGCUUGGGGACAGGGCCUGCCUCGGGGCCCCCUGGGCUGAAUGGGGGAGAAUCCCUCCUUGUCAAGCAGAUAGAGGAACAGAUAAAGAGGAAUGCUGGGAAAGAGGCCAAGGACCGCAUCAGCAGCACAGUGAUGGAGAAGAUCCCUUUCUUGCAAGGCUGCGAAGAAGAAGACAGCGACGAAGAGGAAGACCUGGAAAGCCUGCCUUUGGAGACGCAGCGGCAGCACAAGAAGCAGCGAGUAAAGCUCACCAAUAAGCCUCUCAUGCCAGAAGUGGAGGACGAAGAUGACGACGAGGAUUCUGAGGACGCGCUGAGCGAGUUUGAUUUCUUAGGCUCUGGGGAGAACGGCGAGGGCUCUGGGGACACGCGAAGGGCCGGCGAUGGCAACGAGCUUGAAACCCGGAGGGUGAAGCUGCAAGGCAUGCUGGCCGACCUCCGAGAUGUGGACGGGCUUCCUCCCAAGCCAGCCAUGCCCCCCGCCAUCCCUGGUCAGCCCAGGCCCCAUGAAGGGUCACUGGGGUUCUCCUCAGAUGUUUUCAUAAUGGACACAAUCGGUGGGGGAGAAGUAAGUCUGGGUGACCUCGCUGAUCUGACCGUCACCAAUGACAAUGAACUGAGCUGUGAUCUUUCAGACAGUAAAGAUGCGUUUAAAAAGACCUGGAACCCCAAGUUUACCCUGCGGAGCCACUACGAUGGCAUCCGGGCCUUGGUUUUCCACCACGUGGAGUCGGCCCUCGUCACGGCAUCAGAGGAUGGCACCCUCAAGCUGUGGAACCUCCAGAAGACGGUGGCAGCCAAAAAGAACGCAGCUUUGGAUGUAGAGCCAGUCUAUGCAUUCAGGGCACACAGGGGCCCGGUGCUUGCUGUUGCCAUGGGUUGCAACAGCGAGUACUGCUACAGCGGUGGGCUGGACACGAGGAUCCGCUGUUGGAGGAUCCCGGAUCUCAGCAUGGACCCUUACGACGGUUACGACCCCAACAUGCUCAGCAAUGUUUUGGACGGCCAUACAGACGCUGUCUGGGGCCUGGCCUUCAGCCCCUCGAAGAACCGCCUGGCUUCAUGCUCUGCCGACGGAACGGUCAGGAUAUGGGACCCCAGCAGUAGCGAUGCCCCCUGCCUCAGCACUUACAACACUGAGAGUGAAAAUGGCAUCCCUACAUCUGUCACAUUCUCCAUUACUGAUCCGGCACACGCUGUGGCUGCUUUCCAGACAGGCUUUGCGGUCCUUUAUGAUGUGGAGACCUCAGUCCCAGUCCUGACACUGGAAUCCAGACCAGCCAAUGGAGCCAGUCAGAUCAACCAAGUGGUGAGCCACCCAAACCAGCCGAUCACCAUCACGGCGCACGACGACCGAGGGAUCCGUUUCCUCGACAAUCGGACAGGGAAAGCUGUGCAUUCCAUGGUGGCUCACCUGGAUGCUGUCACUUGUCUUGCGGCGGAUCCCAACGGCGUUUUCCUUAUGUCAGGAAGCCACGACUGCUCUCUCCGGCUGUGGAACCUGGACAACAAGACCUGCACACAGGAGAUCACCGCCCACCGCAAGAAGCACGAGGAGGCCAUCCACGACGUGGCCUUCCACCCCAGCAAGGCCCUGAUCGCCAGCGCCGGGGCUGACGCCCUGGCCAAGGUCUUUGUAUGAGGGAAGGGCGGGGCCUGCAGGUGUGUCCCCAGGACCUCCUCCUUUGUUCUGUCGUUUCUUCCCUUUCUCCCUUCCUUCUUUCUCUGGCCCAGCCAGUGGUGCUAACAACCCUCCUCCUGGCCACGGGGCGCCUCUCGCCACCUCGACCCCUGCUCAGGACUGACCCCUGCUGGACAGUGGCGGCCGAGGCUCAGCGACUGGGGGAAGAAGGGGGGGGAAAGCAGCCGCCCGCUUCCCUGAUGACAUUGGGGCUCACCUUCACCAGCACUGAAAUAUUUUCCACUCAUUUCAAGGUCGCCUGGUUUUUAUUAUUUCCCAGCUCAGGGAGCGGAAGAAAUAUUUUUUUUUGUCCUCUGGAUUGUUUGGAGGGAUGUUGGUGGAGAAGGAGGAGGGAGCGGAGACUCCGUGACGUUGGCAAAGGGCUUCGGGCAGCUCCAUCAAACUCAAUGGCCUCCUUUCCGUUUUGACAUCUCCAAACCUUGGAGCACCUCAAAGCAAACACUGAGCAGAGCCCUAAGUAUGGACUCUUUCCCCUCUCGAUCCCGGUGGUGUUCCUUUUGUUAAGCCAAAAUGAGGGACAGCGAAUGCAAUUGGAGCGACGGUUCCCCAUCCCAUUUGGGGCUCUAGUGCUCAUUCGUUGUGGCUGAAAAAAGUCCAGCGUUGUUUUGACUCCUUGUGGUGGAGGAGAGACUGAAUCUUUGCACCGCUAGGUUUCCCCUUGCUUCCCUUCUUUGUGCUCCCUGGAGUUUCUUGUUCCGUUUUCACCCUCUCCUUGACUCCGAAGGCAUGUCCACACUGAACAUUCCCCUUCCGCAAUACCUGCAGCAAAAGAGGAAAGAGUUUGGAGGGUGUAUAGGAUGUCAUUACCUCCCCUUUGACCCCCCUGCCUCUAGAUACGUUACUUUGCUCUACUUAUUUUGGAAGAGGCCACAGGUAAUAGCAACAAAGGAAAGGGCAGCAAUGAUAGGUCAAUAAACAGGUGAGACUCUGGGUUGACAAGCCAUUGGGGAGCGACUGGAGCACUGUAGGUGAGCCCAUAACCCCCUAUUCAAGGUGUCUAGGAAUCAUAAAGACUGGGAUUUGGGGGGGGGAAUAGCAUUAAGCCAAGUGGAGCUGAUUCCUUGCUAAUUCGGAAAAGAGUUUGGAGCUGACAUUGGCAGCCAUAACAUCUUACAUUCCCUCACCUUGAGUUCUCAAUUUUGUCUCUUUGAUUAAGGUUUUCAGAUACUGCUUUUCUUCACACCUUGAGGUUAAGAAUGCACCAGCUCCGUUACCCACGGAUGGAUAUAGGUCAGACUCUUUGGGGAAGGUGGACUGAUCUUCAUUUUUCUCUUCUAAAUCCAUUCAAAUCCUAGCAACCCCAUCAGCAAUAAAUAAAUGUCGUCUUUCUCCUGCAGCCAAACUCUCUCCUGGAGUAAAGGAAAGAUAACCAGCUGAAAAACAAACAGAGCUGGCAGUGACCUCUGGGUUUGGGAUAGUUUUGGGGCACAUUUGGGGCACCGCAUUAAACGGUGUUGUUCUCACAGCACCUUGGGAUUUCUCUAGAAAGCGUCGAGCUGGUUUCAAGUGUGAAACAAUGGCUUCAUGCUUCAGUGUGGCACUUGAGAGCCAGGGGUCUGGAGCUUCGUUCUCCUUUGCCCCCUAAAAUAUGUGGAUAUUUUUUGGGGAGCGGGUGGGUUGAUAACUGUAUGUUUAUUAAUAUUUUUUUUCCUUUCUUAUCUGUGGUGUAACUUAACCCUGCAGUUGGCAAUCUUACCAAACAAAAAAAAAAACACUAAAAAGUUGAGAAAACAAUGAAGAAGAAAUGCUUGCUGGAUUGGCUGGGCAGGGUUGAACUUCAAUUUAUCCUCCUGUCCAGAUUGGAUGGUUAAGGGAAUGGUCACUUCUGUGUGUGGCAUGAAUGGGAUGUGGGAUGAAGUUGGGCUUUUCUCAGCAGCGAUGGCAUCUUUUUGGGACUAGCUGGAACGCCAUUGAAGCCUUUGGAUGCCAUUGAAAGGAGGGAGGGCAACGUUUCCAAGUCAAAAACAGUUUUGGGACUAAGAGACUGUUUUGCCUCCCUGUGUUCUGGCUUUUGGACUCUUGCGUUGAAUCCAUCUAUCUGAAAUUAGAGUUGGAAGAUCCCCUUGUGCUCCCCUUACUUCUCACUUUCAGAACAUCCUUCUCGGGGCUCUUUUUGUUGCUGUUCAAGAAUAAAUCUGAACGAGGAUUUUCUUUUCUUCCGAAGGUGGUCUAGCUGUGGGACGUUUCUUCCCCGAACGGAAGAUGGCUUUUAUAUCCCUGAGGUUGGCUCUGUCCUCCCCUCUUUAUCAUUGCUCCCAGGUUUUUCAAAAAAAAAAUCAAGCUUCUCUUUCCUUUCCUGUUGUAUAUUCUGUGUAUAGUACAAUUUGAAAAUAAACAGAAAACCCAAGAAAAGCAUCCAAAAGGGCUGAUGUUGAAAUAACUGUGAUCGCAUUAUCACUGUGUGAUAGUUUCUACGAGCCAUGGCCUUUUUUCGAAAAUAAAACAAUAAACCAAGUACUAUAAAACGGAGCUCAAAUAGGGACUUAAAUGGGGAGAAAAAAACACCGCUUUUGGAAAAUCAGUCUCACAAACGCAUUGGAUCAGGCGCUCAUUGCCUUUCCCUUUGAUCUGCUGCUGACCACUAGCCACUUCCCAAAACCUUUUGGUCUGAUUCCCCUCCCUCCUUUGCACCAGCCAAACCCUUUCUCCCUUUUUGAUCCCGAGACAUAUUUCUGUGCUGUAUUUAUCCAGACUGAGAGCACUCCUGCCUUUUUUUAAAGAAAAAGAAACGCCGGUUAGCUUUUUAUUGUCUAUUUAUUUGAACGCUGUCUUCUCUUUUUAUUUUCGUCCUCUUUUAAUCACAAGACUGAAGUUGUAUGUGGGACAAAACCUGCCUCAGUAAUAAUAUUAAUAAUAAUAAUAAUAAAAGAAUCCUUUGGAAUAA